AUGGAACGCACUGAAUUAGCAUCACCUGACAUAGAGAGAAUUGAUGAAGACGAGAAAGUUCUAAAAGAAUUGUCUUCAAACUCCACACAACUCACAGACCGUGAAUAUGAUGCUGACAAAAGUAAUCCAUAUAUGGAGAUGCCAGAAUCCAGUCCUGAGGAUGAACAAACCAUAACAACAUUUACAGCAGAUUACAGCUACAUUGUGACCUGUAGAGUCAGCAUUGCAUUAGCUUUCUUGAAAGCAGAGCAUGAGGGGCACCUCACCAAUUCUGAGAAAAGAAAAAAGGAGACAAAGAAAGACGCAUCGAGUGAGGUAGUGGAGGCCCCCAGAGCCCAGGGCUAUUAUUGCAUUGAGUACAACAUGCUGCCUGAUGACCCUGAACCAACCAGAGUGGAUCUAGUGAUGUUCGGCUUGGCUGCUAAACUCUACAUGGCGAAUGAGACUAAGGUGCUAAAGCCUUGGCGAGAAGGAAACAAGGUCUGGGUGAGUUGGUCCCAUACUUUAGAACUCAAUGUCACCAAAGAGCUCCUGAUUAAACUGGCCUCUCAUAAGAUCACUGGGAGAGUAUGGGACAGCAAAGACAAGGUGUCUUUCAAAGCCAGGAAUGACAGACCCAAAGCCUUCAAACUGCCACAGGAGAGGACUGGAGAUGAUCCAGAACAAAUGGCUCCUAGUAAAAGUGGUUUAACGAUAGAAAAGAGCCAAACGUCACCCACUAAGAAGACACUGUUGCAGAAACCCACCCAGGAUUCUGCAGAACUCACCGAGGUCAAACAGGAAAAGGAGGCUGCCUCACUGGAACUCAGUUUCGCUCCUCUCCUUGCAGGUAAUUUCUUCCUAGCAACCUUGUGGUUUCCUUUUUAUUUUUAUAUUUUUAAAACAUCAGCUACGUGGCUGGCAUGUUCUGUCUUUAUGUUAGGGAGUACGAUGCUCUCUGACUGCCUGGGAUUCUGUUCCGGAGAAGUACAAGAGGGAUUCUGGAAUAUCACUCUUGAUCAGCCACUUUUAUCUGAGCAGCUAAAAGCUGAACUCAAUCCACUAGUCAUCACAGUUUUAUCAGCUUCUUCUCUGCCAUCAUCCCCAGUUCCGUUCCAUGUACUUAAGGCAAAAUGUCAUCCUGUCUACUGUCAGUACAAGUUUUGCAACAUGCCUGUUUACAGAACCAAAGGCCAUGAUCACAACGCUAAUAUCUUCUUCAAGGAUGUGAAUGUGAUUUUUACUGGUCUGCUGAGCCCUGGAAAGCUGCGUGAGUUUCUUAAUGGUCCACCCAUGAAGAUCGAAGUCCAUGAUCGGGACAGAAAAAAGGAAAAACCCUGCAGUACACCAGCUAUAUUUGGGACUGACCCCAAAGAUGCCAAAGAUGAUUUAUGGGUCAUGCGUAAUGCAUUAAAAGCAGAUACUGAACUUCAUGAUCCAUACGGCACCGCAAAACUGGAUCUCUCAGAACUUCUUAGAGGAUGCAAAUAUUUAAAGCUUAAAUUGCCCAUAAGGAGUUCUUCUGAGGUUCCCUCAGAUAUUGCAACACCAGUAGGUCAUUAUCUUGAAGCUGACACCCACCUGAAAGUCCAGGUGGAGAUAGCACAUACCCUUCAUCAUGAAGAUGGCAACAGUGAUAGAGAUUGCCCUUUUGGUCGUGUCAUUUAUGUCUUCAAGUAUAACAAUGCACCUGUCUUAGCCAAACUGACAUCAGAAAUUCUGCAGAUCAAUGCAGACACCUUCCAACUGAAGCAUUAUCCAGAGGAAACAAUUCAAAGGCUCCUGUCUGGUCAUAAAAUAAGAGCCAAAGACAGCGAGAACAAAAGGCUGAAUGUUCUCACUGGAUUUCAUGUGAUGGAUAAGGCUCUACACCUUUUUGUUCUGGAAGGAUUCAAGGAUCAAGCGGUCAAAAGACUGUGGACUACAGUGCCUAUAAAGUUGGAUGGUGAUGAGGAGGAACAGGUGUCUGCGCUGUAUAACUCAGACUUGAGUUUCUCAGAGCGCCUGUAUGACAUGCUUGACGUGGGUCUGAGUCCCAUUUGCCUUGUAAAGCCACUUGAGACCAUUUUGAUGGAGCCACUGGUGUUUAUCAGAAAUACAGUUCCUCAUGCCUGUCUUGAAGCCUUGAAAUGUAUAAGCCACAUCUGCAAAGCCAAGAAGCUUCAAGAAGUAGUGCACCACGACCUGUUCCCAUCAGCCGACAUGAUGCUAAGCUUAAGCAAGGAGUUUGGAUCAGAUCUUGGGAGAGGAGAGCUAUGGUUGGUAACAGAGACCCAGCUAUCUCAGGAUAUACCUGAUUGUCAUAACAUCAGAAAGAGAACUCGGACACCUCUUGACAACUUCAACAGAGAAUACUUCCAAAGGAAAUGGAAUGAGGGUAAUAACGUGAAGGACUUUAUCCAGGACUCCACUUGCAUUCGCUUCUCUUACCCAGGUUUUAAGAGCAGUAUUGAAUCUAACCAGCACCCGAAUCAGCCAGACGAUGCUCGGAUAGAGGAGCUGAGAAAGUGCAAUGUCAACUUUAUGGACAUUCCUAAGAGCUUAAGCAAGAAGAUAGAGUUUUACCGAUGUUUACCUACCUUGCCCACUUCUUUACAGAUCCCCAGAGCUUAA